ACAGAGGAUCAUCUGAUGAUUCACAGGCACAAACAUGAAAUGACUUUGAAGUUUCCUUCAAUAAAAACAGAUAAUAUGUUAUCAGAUCAGACUCCCACACCAACGCGCUUUCUGAAGAACUGUGAGGAAGUCGGCCUCUUCAACGACAUCGACUGCUCCCUAGAGCACGAGUUCAGGAAGGCACAAGAAGAAGAGAACAACAAAAGGAAUAUCUCCAUGCAUAACACAGUUGGAGGAGCAAUGGCAGGACCUGGGUCCCACCAGCUAACAAACACAAGGAUGCCAAACCAUGACACCAGCGUUGUGAUUCAGCAAGCCAUGCCGUCUCCACAGUCCAGUUCCGUCAUUACACAAGCACCUUCCACAAAUCGGCAGAUUGGGCCUGUCCCAGGUUCUCUGUCUUCACUACUGCACCUACACAACCGACAAAGACAGCCUAUGCCUGCCUCUAUGCCUGGCACCCUGCCCAACCCUACCAUGCCAGGAUCCUCUGCUGUACUCAUGCCUAUGGAGCGACAAAUGUCAAUGAACUCCAACAUCAUGGGGAUGCAAGGGCCGAACCUCAAUAAUCCGUGUGCUUCACCUCAAGUUCCCCCAAUGCAUUCAGAAGCCAAAAUGAGAUUGAAGGCAGCACUGACUCAUCAUCCUGCCGCCAUGUCGAAUGGGAAUAUGAACACCAUGGGCCACAUGAUGGAAAUGAUGAGCUCGCGACAGGACCAGACACCACACCAUCAUAUGCACUCACAUCCUCAUCAGCACCAGACACUGCCACCUCAUCAUUCAUACCCACAUCAGCACCAGCAUCCGGCACACCAUCCUCAUCCUCAGCCUCAUCACCAGCAGAACCAUCCCCACCACCACUCCCACUCGCACCUCCACGCACACCCGGCACACCACCAGACCUCGCCGCACCCACCGCUGCACUCGGGCGGACAAGCACAGGUUUCGCCAGCGGCGCAGCAGAUGCAGCCCACGCAGACGGUACAGCCACCACAGCCGACUGGAGGUCGCCGGAGGAGGGUGGUGGAUGAAGACCCAGAUGAGAGGAGGCGGAAAUUUCUGGAAAGGAACCGAGCUGCUGCCACGCGCUGCAGACAGAAGAGGAAGGUCUGGGUGAUGUCACUGGAAAAGAAAGCAGAAGAGCUCACCCAGACAAACAUGCAGCUUCAGAACGAGGUUUCCAUGCUGAAAAAUGAGGUAGCACAACUGAAACAGUUAUUGUUAACACAUAAAGACUGUCCGAUAACAGCUAUGCAGAAAGAAUCACAAGGAUAUCUAAGUCCCGAGAGCAGUCCUCCUGCAAGCCCGGUCCCAGCUUGCUCCCAGCAGCAAGUCAUCCAGCACAACACCAUAACGACCUCCUCCUCUGUCAGCGACGUCGUGGGAAGCUCCACUCUCACCCAGCUCGCCAGCCACAGAACAGACAUCAACCCCAUCCUUUAA